AGGGCCAGGGAGAUAGUUCAACAGGCUGGAUACUAGACCCUCAGACAUAACCAGCAGUCAAGGAUGAAGCAGGAUGCAGAGCUUCUUGACACUGCUGAGGGGAACCCAGGGCAGUGGUCCACCCCUGCCAGAGCUGGUGACCCUUGCAGGCACACUGUGUCGUGACUUUAGGGAUGAUCCUGCUCAGGUACAGCCCUUGGUCGCGGCUGUGCUGGACAGCCAGAUUCGCCCGCACCUUCUGAACAAUGUGGAUGUGACCCUGACGUGUGUCCGCAUGCUGGUCCAACAGGACCAGCACCAGGCUGCCUGCUACCUGCUUGAGGAUUGCCGGGUCCCAGGAGGCAGUAAGGAGCUGGUGAAGCUUUGGUAUGACAUCCAUUACGAUCUGGCCAUAAAGAAACUGGACGUGGCCACACUGACUCCCGUGCAGAAGUUCCGUUGCAGGAAGAGGAACCCUCCGCCGCCCUCCCUCUGCCCUGAUGGUCUGAAGAGCAGGAACUUCUCCAUGGAGGUUCGCCAGAAGUUGCAGGACUUUGCCUCGGGUGUGAGCAGCAAUCCCAGCAAGGCCAAUCGAGAAAAUCUGGCUUUGGAGACCAACUUGACUGCAGAGCAGGUGUACAACUGGUUUGCCAAUUAUCGGCGGCGCCAAAGGGCCCUAGCCCGGCAAGUAGAGUCAGCUGCAGAGGACCCCAGUGCAAGAGAGAGGUGCCCUCUACAGCCCUUAGGACACCUUCAUGUGGAUGUGGGCUCCGAGCAUAUGGAUAGGCCACAAUGGGCAGCAUCACAGGAGGAAAACAGGCCAGUGCAUACCUCAGUGACCACUCCAGAAUUGUGGGAACCACUGGCCUUGGCUGUAGAAGAGACUGUGUCAAGACCACUGCCCAGGUCUCCACAGGGUGAUGAGAUAUAUCAAGAGGCUUCUGGACAUGACCCUGCCUCCCUCCCUCCUGUCUGCUCUGGCCCUGACUUGUGCUCUCUGGCUGGCAGCAGUGACAUGCUGGAACCAUCUCUGGCUGCUCCCGAAUCCUGGCUGAUGUCUCUUUCACUGGCGUCCUCCCUGGAAGCUGGCUUUCAGAGAGGGCCACUGGCACACAACCCCAGCCUGGACUUCAUGAUGCACCCCACAGAUGCUGCUGUGUCUAUGUCCAUCACCACCCUGGAUGAGCCCCAUACCACAGGAUUUGUUGACCCAGUCACCAGUGGCUCCCAGAUCAUCUACCCAGAGGAAAGGUCGGGCACAAGUGGUAGGCAGGCAGAAGCACAGGUGGGCAGCUUCCUUUUGACACAAUUCCAGUCGCAGACUCCUGAAUUCAUCAUGCAGAGUUCCCCAGAGCUGGAACCUGCGUUCCCCAGUCCAGUGUCUGUUGCAGAGAUAGCCCAGCCUUUGUCCUCCAACCAGGUGAGGUGGCCAAACAUACAAGCUUCCAGCGAUACCUUCUGGGGAGCCCAGGUGCUUCUGGAACUUUCUGGAAGUAACCUGAGUUGA